AUGCAAUUGAAGCAGCUGAAAGAGGAAGUUGAAGAUCUGACUCGUCAAUUAGGCGAAAGUGAUGCGGUACUGAAUAGCUUAGAAAAAGAACGUGACUUCUACUUCAACAAGUUGCGACAGAUUGAGGUUGUCUGCCAAGAUAACGAAUCGAUUGGUACAGUAGAAGUGGCGCGAAUUUUGGAAAUUCUUUACGAAACAGAAGAAGGUUUUGCUGCUCCCGAUGAAGAAGAUGAGCAGCAGUGA